AACUUCCGGACGACGAAUCCACUCUUGGGAGGAUAACCUGGGUUGUGUCACUUCCUUGUUCCACAGAGUUCAACAUGGCCACCAGGUGGGGAAUCUGCGGCGCGGGCAAGAUCAGUCACGACUUCACUGUGGCUCUGAAAACUCUGUCAACUGAGGAACACCAGGUUGUGUCUGUGGCAGCUCGCAAGUUAGAGGAUUCACAGGAGUUUGCCAAAAAGCACAGCGUCUCCCGAGCAUAUGGCAGCUACGAAGAGCUGGCCAGAGACCCAGACGUCGAUGUUGUGUAUGUUGGAGUGAUCCAUCCCUACCAUCUGAGGACUUGUCUGCUCUUCACAAACGCAAAGAAGAACGUGCUCUGUGAGAAGCCGCUGGCUAUGAACGCCAAAGAGGUGCGGGAGAUCCUGGCCUCUGCCAAGAAGAACGAUGUCUUCUUCAUGGAGGCUGUCUGGACCCGUUUUUUCCCAGUCUCUGUGGAGAUCAGAAGGCUCCUGGCCCAGCAGCAGUUGGGGGAGGUGCAGAUGGUCAGAUCAGAGUUCGGUGUCCCUUUGAUGCAUGUACCGAGAUCGUAUCAGAAGGAACUGGGUGGUGGAGCAAUGCUAGAUCUUGGCAUCUACUGCCUGCAGUUCAUAUGCAUGGUGUAUGAUGGAGAGAAGCCAGAGAGCAUACAAGCCACAGGAGUGUGCCAGGAGACAGGAGUCGAUGAGACUGUGGUCGUCACUCUGAAGUUCUCGAAGAGCAGAUUCGCUGUGUUCACUUGCUCCUCAAGGAUACAGCUGCCCAAUGAUGCCAUUAUUAUAGGUACAAAGGGCACAAUCAGGGUCCCUGGCCACAUGUGGUGUCCCACAUCGUUAGUGGUGAAUGGUGAGGAGACUCAGUACCCAGUGCCAGAGCCGCAUUUGCCUCUGAACUUCAUCAACAGUACGGGGAUGCGCUAUGAAGCGGAGGAGGUUCGACAGUGUUUGCUCAAAGGGCUGAAGCAGAGUGCAGUUAUGUCUCAUGCCGACUCGCUUUUGCUGGCUGAGGUGGAAGAUGAGAUCCGGAGGCAGGUGGGGGUCGUGUAUGACCAGGACCAGGACCAGUAACUGUUUGACAUACACCCAGACUAUAUUUACCUCAAGUGUAUAAUGUAGAAUAGUUUACAUUCACAGGAAUUUUACAUUCAUACAUCGCCAAUUCACGUUGUUUGUGAGGACGAAUGGUCAGUGGUCUUAAAAACUGGAAUAUUAAGCUCUUUAAAGUUAAUUAAAUAGAACCGGAACCUCAAUGCACUGUUGAGCUUUGAUGAUUUGAAAUAAAAUUUCACUUGCAUUAUUA